UAGAUGUUGGCAGCGUUUUUAGAGCAUCCAAGGUCUCUUACGAAAACGAAAAUAUAGUAGACCAGUAUAUUUAAACUUCCCGCCUGACAUAGCAUUCAGUGUAAAAAUCCGCGGUUCACGAGAUGUCAGCGCUUCACCAUCGGCUCUUUUCGAGUGUCCAGUUGUUGUUUAUUUUCAUCGGCUGCAUCUCCGCUGCUGUGGUGCGUUUCGGAAAUGAGGGGGAAAUGAUUUGCAUUCCUAAUGCAACAUUUCAUAUAGACUGCAACAGGUGCAAGUGCAGUCCGAGCGGAAUGUCGAUAGGCUGCACCGACUGGACGUGCGCGACUUUGCAAAUACCUCACGAUCUCCUCUUGAACCUAACGCUGGACUGUCAUCCCGGGGAGAUAUUUCUCUACAACUACCACAAAUGCCUGUGCACCGGAAGCAAGCAGGCAAUGUGCACCUCCGCCCACAACGAGCUCGCGCACAAUCUGCGUCCCACGUCGGGCUCAAUCAUCUCAUCAGGAAACUCGCCCGGCAAGUGUACUCCCGGCCUCGUCUUCAAGAACAAGUGCGACACGUGCAUCUGCGGCGACGAUGCCCGGGCCGCCUGUCUCGGCACUGGUUGCAUCCGACACGCAGAUAUGCGUAGAUUCGAGGGUCUGGACUUUACAGGUAAUUACCCGCAUCGCAAGUCGACUUCGUCGGAGAAGCUAUGCGUUCCAUACUCAGUCUUCUCCGUCGACUGCAACCAGUGCGUUUGCAGCGACGAUGGCCUCUCAAUGUCGUGUGACUCAUACCCCUGCCUCGGAGUGGAAAUGCGCGACGAGCAAAUGCUAAACAUAACGUUCCAGUGCGAGGCCAACAGCAGCUUCCUCUACAACGGCUACGAGUGUCUCUGUUCCUCCAGGGGCAAAACGGCCCUCUGCAGUCUCGCGCAGUACGACAAGAGCAAGGAGUUUCGCGAAGCGGGAAGGAAGGUUUACGCCAUAGCCGAUUUUGCCGAGCUUUGCACCCCCGGUAUGGUCUUCAAGGACAGGUGCAACGUCUGCAUCUGCGGGGCUGACGAGAAGGCGGCUUGUGUCGGGAUCGACUGCGACCUCAGCUGGAAGUACGGCAGAGCGUCGGAGGAGGAAAAAGCGCAGGGGGUUAAGGAGAGGACAAUACCCAAGGGUGAGAUCUGGACGCAGAGGCUCAAGGGAUCGACCAGGAAAUUCUGCAGGCGUAAUGGAGCGUCCAUGUAUUGCAGGUAUCUCAGGGACUUUUAGCGAUGAGUUUGCGGUUGUAUUUGUAAUUUGAAUAAAGUCAUUGAGAAAUAA